GCACCACCGUGGACUACCGAGCUUGUCGCAAUUAUUCUUAUAAUUGGUGUGGGCGCAAUAAAUUGCUGGUCUGUAAAAGCAGCAGCAUCUAUGCAAGACUAUAUUACUUACGCGAAAGUGUUAGUACUAGUCGCUGUCAUUCUUACAGGCGGUUUCCUUCUCAUUUUCGGUGGGCCGCAGUAUAAAGACUCCUUCGAAAGCCCUUUCGAAGGCAACUUUCGAAAUUGGCUGGAUGCUUCUGUUGGAUUCUAUUCUGGUUUGUUCGCUUAUCAAGGAUGGAUAAAUUUGAGCUUUCUUACCGAAGAAAUUAUUAAUCCAAAACGUAAUCUACCUCUUGCUCUGGUAUCAUCGUUAGCUGCUAUUACCCUUAUCCAUACAUUUUUUGUGGUUGCGCUUUAUGUCGUAUUAUCUCCUGAUGAAGUGCUUAUUAGUCCAGCCGUCGGUGUGUUAUUCGCCGAGAAAGCCUACCCUACCGUUUCCUUUUUGAUGCCCCUAUGCGUUGCAGUGUGCUGCAUCGGAACAGAAAAUGGCAAUAUGAUUAUGAGC